CUGCGAGCUCUCGGACCGCGAAACCUCACGCUCCGCAUCAUCCAGCUUCCGGAUCUGAAACACGACGCAAACCACGACUGGGGCAGAACGGAGGGGUGCAAGACGUGUCCAGGGCUGCGGGGGGAGGCGGAGAGUCCAGCUCCCCCCCACCUCCCGGCACCCCACGGCCCGCCUCACAAGCUCGGAGCCUGGGCCCCCGCCGCCGCCGACAGCAGGUCGGCGCGGACUGCACGCGGCCCCGCCCGGCCGAGAGGCUCGCACCCCCGCGCCGGCUCGCUUGUGGUCUCGCCCGCGCGUCCGCCUCCCGCACCUGACCUUUACCCCGACGCCGCCCCGCCUCGUCUUCCGCUCGGCCCAAGAUGGCGGCGCCCGUCUGCUGUCGGGGGCUCCGGCCGCUGGUGCUGUCCUGGAGCCGGGAGCUGCCGUGCGUCUGGCGCGCCCUGCACACCUCCGCGGUCUGCGCCAAGAACCGGGCGGCCCGAGUCCGAGUGGGCAAGGGGGACAAGCCAGUGACCUACGAGCAGGCGCACGCGCCGCACCACAUCGCCCAUCGCAAGGGCUGGCUGUCGCUGCACACAGAACUAUUUGUUGAGCACCCACUGUUUGCAAAUACCUGUGAAGGACACAAGGAUGAGAAGACACGUGUGACCGCUUUUCAAGGACACCUAUUCCAGCAGGGGAAGCAAGAAGCCAACAGACAACUUCAGGAUGAGGCAGGGCAGGCCCAGCCCCAGAACAGGCAAGAUGGACAGACUGUCACCUUGGCCAUGAUGUGUGUGGCACAGAAAUGUUGAGAUGAUGUAUAAAGAAAACUGUCAGCACUACAGCGUAAUUAAGGAACAAGAUGAGGAAAUAAAAGUCAUAGAGGAGAAAGCAAACGACAACCAGGAGGAAAAUAAAUCGCUGAAAUCCAGCUGCUGGUGGCCAUGAUCAAAAGGUACCCCUGCUGGAAAGUCCUUCAGCAGAAAACACUCUUCCAGCACUGAUUUGAAACAAGCUCCCUGGGUGGAACCUUGUGGAAGUGGCUGUGAGGACACGUGGGGCAUCACUCUUGACUUGCCUUGUCAACUGCAGUUGACAACGGGCAGCCAUGUGCUUUACUGGCUUCAAUGCCUGCAUGGCUUCCUGGGAUGCCCCUCGAUGAAGGACAGGGCCUAAUGUUGGCAAACGUUUAGGGUAAAUGAUCUUGCUCUGCUAUUCAAAAUGGUACGAGGCAUGUGGUCCUUGGGUGCAUCCGCCUCUGUGCCGGACACAAGGCGCUGACAGACAAGCACAAGCCAAGUAAACCAGAUAGGCAGGACCAGCCAGGGUUCUGAAGGGCAGAAGAAGAACGGGCUUGCUGUGCAUCUAGUCCUGCAGCAGGCCAGCUCCUGCAGGACGCUGGACACAUGCAAACCGAGAGACAGCCUGGAGCCCCAUAGCUCCAGCCCCUGUGUGUAAGGAGGCGGAAUGUAGCAGUACGUUCCUAUGGGCCUAGGGAGGACAGGGGCUGCACCAUCGAGAUCCACGGCUAGCGAAGAGGCUGAGUCUGAGAUCCCUGCAGUGACCCUGAGGGUAGCACCCCCCAAAGCAGCAAGAGAAGAACUGGUUCUGCCUUGCCUGGGAGAGCAGGUGGGGAACCCCAAAACCACCAGAAAAAGAGAGGUAGGUAAGAGAAAGAAAGAAUAAAAUGAAACAAAAUAUCAAAACAAAAACUUCCCACUCAAAAUGAGAUGAUAUUAAAAAUUCAAAGCACCUGAAGCUAUCUGAAGCUAAAGAAAGACAAUAAAAUCAACACUCAAUACAAAAACUCCUAUAUGUAAAUAUAAAACAUUUUUUUAAAAAAUAAGGAAUUAUGAAAUAGAACUGUCAUUCAUAAACCAAAUACAAAUGAUUAAAAAAUUAGAAAUUUAAGAAAUCAAAAGUAUAGCACUGACAUUACAAGAAAAAAGGAAAGAAAAAAGAUAAACUCUAGACUAGAUACAGUUGAAGGCAAAAUGGUGAAUCAAAUGCUAUCAUUUCUCCAGGAUCUAGCAGAGAGCAAAGAGAUGAAAACAUAUCAACAAAAGGUCCUCAGAUUGUGGGUUUCCAAAAAAAGGGAAGGGAGAGAAUGGAAGCAAAUCUACCUUGAAGAUAAAAUAACUGAGAAAUUUUAGGCACUGAAGAAAUACAUAAGUCCUCAGAUCAGAAGUGCUCAAAGCAUCAAGCAGCCUGAAUGACAGGGAGUCCACACCAUGAUACCUGGUACAGAAGCUUCAUGUGUCAUGGGUAAAGAGAAAUGCUAAAAGCUACCAGAAAAUUGAGAAAAGACAACAUACAACAGAUGUCAGCCAGAUGACAGAAGACUUCUCAUCAGGAAAAACAGAGGCCAGAGGCACUGGAGUGAUAUUUUCAAAGGGAAAAUAUUGAUUACCUAGAAUCCUAUGCCAUGUAAGCUAGCAUCUAGGAUGCAGCCAAGAGGAAGACAUUUCAGACAUAUGAAAGCUACUCCAGUCUCCUACCCAUAGACACUCACUAAGGGAAUCAUGAAAAGUUGUAGAUCAGUGAGAAGAAAAGUGAACCCAGACAGAAGUCAUGGUAUACAAGACCAAGGGUGAGGUUGGAACUCGAUAUAUUGUGUUAAAAAUGAAACUGCUUAUUGAUUAUACAGGUACAUGUUAAUUAUUGAUUAUACAUAUAUAAUGUAUAUAUACGUUAACAAUUUUUGUUAAAAAGAUAAACAUGUAAACAAAAAUUACAUGGGGUGGGUGAUGUUCAACAGGUAUUUACAAGAUGCUGUGUUCUUUUAGGUGCAGAGGGAGGAAAUGUAAUGCUGAAUGACAGUUAAAGUAUAUGUACGUUAAACUAUAUGUAAAAAUAUAUAUGUAUACUGUAUUAUGAAUUAAGGAUAUAUCAUAUAAAGAGAUAUAUGUUGCAAAUAUAUUAUAUAUUAAGUAAGGAUAACUAUCAACAGACUGUGUGUAUGCUUAGAAACCAUUAAAAUAGGGGAAAGAAUAUACAAAAUAUUUACAGUAGAACAGAGGCACAAAGGAAGUUUUUAAAAGAAAAGCAUAGAAAAAAAUGAUAAAGUAAAAGCAAAAGAUAAGAUUGGUAAAUAGGUCAAAUAUGUCACCUAUAAUAAGAAAUAUGAUGAAUAAACCUACUAAUAGGCAGAAACUAUCAUACUGAAUUUUUAAAUAACAAAAAUCAUCUAAGUGUUGUAUAUGAAAGACAUUUAGGCUUCCCGGUAGUGCAGUGGUUAAGAAUCCACCUGCCAAUGCAGGGGACACGGGUUCGAGCUCUGGUCCAGGAAGAUCCCACAUGCCAUGGAGCAACUAAGCCCGUGCGCCACAAGUACUGAGCCCACACACCACAACUACUGAAGCCCGUGUGCCUAGAGCCCAUGCUCUGCAACAAGAGAAGCCACCACAAUGAGAAGCCCGCACACCGCAACGGAGAGUAGCCCCUGCUCACCACAACUAGAGAAAGCCCAGGCGAAGCAAUGAAGACCCAAUGCAGCCAAAAAUAAAUAAAUAAAGUAAUUAAAAAUAAAAAUAAUAAUUCUUUAAAAAAAAAUCUAAACAACAUAGAAAUGUUGAAAAUAACAGUUAAAAUAUACAAAUAUUAACCAAAAGAAAACAAUAUUAAUAUGAAAAAUAGAAUUUGAGGCUAAAAGUAUUAAAAGGGAUAAAUUUAAAGGAAUGAUCAAUAAUGAAGAUAUAAUAAUCAUGAACUUACUUGUACCCAACAACAUUGUCUUGAAUUAUAUGAAGGAAAAAUGUACAGAAUUACAAGGAUAUAAUGACAACUUUACCUCCAUCUGAAAAAGAAGGAUCAAGUAUACAAACUAGCAGUAAAAGUAGAAAAGAUUUUGAUAAACAUUAAUCUUGUUUUGAUAGUUCUUUAUGAAACCCUAUACUCAACAAAAAGGAACUAUACAUUAUAUUUGAGGUCACAUAAAUUCUUUACAAAAAUUCAUUGUGCAAUAUGCCACAAAAGAAAUCUCAACAUAUUUUUUAAAAAUUAAUAUUAUCUGGAACUCAUUCUCUGACCACAAUGGAACCAUUUAGUUAGAGCAAAAAAUAGAGAUAGAUUACUUGAAAACAGCCAUAAUAAUGAAACUUAAAAUAACUGAAAUAACUCAUGACUUAAAGAGAAAAUCACAAUGCAAAUUAACUUGUAUGAUGCAUCUCAAUCAGAAUUUAGAAGAAAAUUUAUAUUUUAAAUAUAUUCAUUACAAAGCAGGAAGGUUUAAAAAUAAAUAAUUUUAAUAUCCAGCAGAAGAAACUAGAGAAAGGUAAAUAGAAUAAACAUAGAGAAUGUAGAAAGAAAAAAUUAAAAAAGAUAAGCACAGAUGUAAAUAAAAUAGAAAACAAAAAAAUAGACUCAAUAGAAUCAAAAGAUUGUUUUUUGAAAAGAAUGCUAAAAGUAGACAAAUCUCUAACAAAAUUGUUAUAGAAAUAAUAAGAAAAAUCACAAAUAAAUAAUAAGAAUAUAAAAAGAUAUAAAUCAAGACACCAUACAGAUUAAAAAAUUAGUAAAUUAAUACUAUGAACAACUUUCUCCUAAUACAUUUGGAAACUUAAAUGAGUUAGACAUUUUCUAGAAAAAUAUGAUCAGUUUGACUAAGAAAAAAGAGGAAAUCUAAAUCAUAAACUUUAAAGAAGUAGAAGUAGAAAUCUAAUGAUACUCAAAAAAUCUAGGGCAUUUUCACAAGCAAAUUUUAGGAAACAUUCAGUAAAUGGAUAUCCUUAUAUCAUACAAAUUGUUCCAGAGAAUUCAAAAAGAGUGAAACCUUAGCAACUUGUUCUAUAACAUUAGUAUAAUAUGGAUUUUUUUAACUGGCUAAGGGCAUUAUAGGAAAUGAAAAUUUUAGAUAAAUCAUUAAUGAACAUGAUUUCAAAAAUCUUAAAAUACUAAAAAGUCAAAUUUAGCAGUGUAUAAAAAUAAUACUUUAUGGCAAGCAGUGUUUAUUCUGAAGAUGGAAAGGGGCUUAACAUCAGAAAAUAUAGUCUUGUCUUUUUUUUGGUGUUAUUUUUGGAAGUGUGUUACUUUUUUUUUAAAUUAAUUAAUUAAUUAAUUAAUUUUUGACUGUGUUGGGUCUUUGUUUCUGUGCGAGGGCUUUCUCUAGUUGUGGCAAGUGGGGGCCACUCUUCAUCGCGGUGCGCGGACCUCUCACUAUCACAGCCUCUCUUGUUGCGGAGCACAGGCUCCAGACGCGCAGGCUCACUAGCUGUGGCUCAUGGGCCUAGUUGCUCUGCGGCAUGUGGAAUCUUCCCAGACCAGGGCUUGAACCCGUGUGCCCUGCAUUGGCAGGCAGAUUCUCAACCACUGCGCCACCAGGGAAGCCCCAGAAAAUAUAUUAGUGUUAUCCACCACAUUACAGAUUAAAGAAGAAAAAGUAAUCCAUAAAAUUUUACACUAUUUCAUCAUAAAACCUGUGCAAGCUAGUAAUAAGAGAACUUAUGUGGCCCUUCCAAACCUAUAGCAAGCAUCAUACCUAAUAGUAUAAUACUAGAAACAUACCUAUUAAAAUACAGUAGAGAAAUGCAAAUCAAAACUACAAUGAGAUAUCAUCUCACACCAGUCAGAAUGGCCAUCAUCAAACAGUCUAAAGCAAUAAGUGCUGGAGAGGGUGUGGAGAAAAGGGAACCCUCUUUCACUGUUGGUGGGAAUGUAAACUGAUACAGCCACUAUGGAGAACAGUAUGGAAGUUCCUUAAAAAACUAAAAAUAGAACUACCAUAUGACCCAACAAUCCCACUACUGGGCAUAUGCCCUGAGAAAACCAUAAUUCAAAAAGAGUCAUGUACCACAGUGUUUAUUGCAGCUCUAUUUACAAUAGCCAGGACAUGGAAGAAACCUAAGUGUCCAUCAACAGAUGAAUGGAUAAAGAAGAUGUGGCACAUAUAUACAAUGGAAUGUUACUCAGCCAUAAAAAGAAAUGAAAUGGAGGUAUUUGUAGUGAGGUGGAUGGACCUAGAGUCUGUUGUCUGUCAUACAGAGUGAAGUAAGUCAGAAAGAGAAAAACAAAUACCGUAUGCUAACACAUAUAUAUGGAAUCUAAAAAAAAAAAAGUCAUGAAGAACCUAGGGGCAGGACAGGAAUAAAGAUGCAGACCUACUAGAGAAUGGACUUGAGGACAUGGGGAGGGAGAAGGGUAAGCUGGGACAGAGUGAGAGAAUGGCAUGGACAUAUAUACACUACCAAAUGUAAAACCGAUAGCUAGUGGGAAGCAGCUGCAUAGCACAGGGAG